AGAAGCCGCCGCCGCCGCCGCCCUCCUCUUCCUUCUCCUUGCCUGCUUCUUGCCUCCUUCCCGCGGCGGGCCAUGGCUCCCCGCCGCCGGGGCUGAGCUCUCCUCCUCCUCCUCGUCCUCUCCCUGCCUUCCCUCCGGCUCCCCUCCGGCCAUGGGCAACACGGCCUCGUGCUGCGUCUCGUCCAGCCCCAAGCUGCGGAGGAAUGCCCACGCCCGGCUCGAGUCCUACCGGGCGGACGGCGCCGCGGGGUCCGAGCUCAGCCGCGAGGACACCGGCUGCAACCUCCAGCACAUCAGCGACCGGGAGAACAUCGACGAUCUGAACAUGGAGUUUAACCCUUCAGAUCAUCCAAGGGCCAGCACAAUAUUCCUCAGCAAAUCACAAACAGAUGUGAGAGAAAAACGGAAGAGUCUCUAUGUAAACCACCAUCCUCCUGGUGAAUUGAGAAGGAAAUACAGUUCCUGUUCCACUAUUUUCCUGGAUGACAGCACAGUCAGUCAGCCCAACCUCAAAUAUACAAUUAAAUGUGUAGCUCUUGCAAUAUAUUACCACAUCAAAAACAGGGACACAGAUGGAAGGAUGCUACUAGAUAUUUUUGAUGAAAACCUCCACCCCCUAUCGAAAUCCGAAGUGCCGCCAGAUUAUGACAAACAUGACCCAGAGCAAAAACAGAUCUAUCGCUUUGUCCGGACAUUGUUCAGCGCUGCUCAACUGACUGCCGAAUGUGCCAUUGUCACCCUGGUAUAUCUUGAAAGACUAUUAACUUACGCAGAAAUAGAUAUUUGUCCAGCAAACUGGAAGCGAAUAGUGCUGGGUGCGAUUCUACUGGCGUCAAAAGUUUGGGAUGACCAGGCCGUGUGGAAUGUGGACUACUGUCAGAUCCUGAAAGAUAUCACAGUUGAGGACAUGAAUGAGUUGGAACGACAGUUUCUUGAGUUGCUGCAGUUCAACAUCAACGUUCCUUCCAGUGUUUAUGCCAAGUAUUAUUUUGAUUUGCGGUCCCUGGCUGAAGCAAACAACUUGAGCUUUCCACUGGAGCCCCUCAGCAGGGAAAGGGCAUGUAAACUUGAGGCCAUCUCUCGCUUGUGUGAAGACAAGUAUAAGGACUUCAGGAAAUCUGCAAAGAAGCGUUCAGUCAGUUCGGACAAUCUAACUGUAGUUAGAUGGUCACCUGCUAUUAUCUCCUAACAGUGAAGUCCGGGAUAUUCCUCCGACAGUACUGUUUCUAUCACCAACUUUGGGCGGAAGGGGUGUUUUGGUCCUUCUUCUUUCUUUGUUCUUGGCUUUUCUUAUUUUUUGAUCCGCCUUUACAGUGCCUCCCCCGAUGAGUAGCACACAAGAAUAAAUAUAAGGAUUGGAGAGGAAGAGCAGUACCUUGGAAGCAAACCAGUUUUGUUACUUACUACAGAUCCUGUCCUUUUACAUAAAGAAGUAAAUGCAAGACAAGAAGGCGAGAAAGGUGUCAUUUUGAAAAGAGAGAGAAAGAUUGUCGGCAGUCAGAGUGCCAUGAAAACAACAACAACAACAAGAUAAACUUGGAAGAAGUACCACAAGAAGUUGGAAGUGAUUCAUGUUUCCUUUGGUAUCUUCUAUUGUUUUACUACACAUUUUUUAUUUGCAUUCCUUCUUAGUUGCUUUCCUUGAUUCUAAAAGCAACCGCUGUGAAGGAGGCAGGAUCUACAGUAGCACAACAAAAGCCUAUGGACUGGACAACAUUGUUUGGUUUCUUCUUUCCUCUCCCACCCAACACACUGCGCUUUUUUUCAUAAGCUGUUUAAUGAGUUUUCCCUCUAAUAAUUAUGCGUAUUUUGUUUCUUGUAUGCCUUUGUUGUAUUUUUGAAAACAACAUUUGACUUGAUUUAUAGUGCUGAACCAAAAGUAUACAAAAAAAGAGAUCAGGUGAUCGUUUGUAACUUCAUUUUCUUCUUUCCCCCCCUUAUUUAUAUAGCAACCAGGUACAUGGUGCUUCCUGAUGCGUCAUGAAUACUGUCUGUUUCAUAGUAAAUGUGGCUGCAUGUGCCUUCCUACAUUCUUUGGGAUAGUUUAUUUUUCCUUACUAUAAAAGUUAAUGAUUGUUGGAAGGAUACAGAUAAUAGUAAAACUGGGCCCUAGAAAGUUACAUUUGCAUUGGAUGUGGUAGUCCUUUUCGCAGGAUUUCCAUAGCAUGUAGAGAUUUGGCAGAGUUUAAGUACGAGAGAUGGAAAGAGAGCCAGAGUCUCCUUUUGUACGGCCCAGUUGAUUUCCUUCAUUUCCUGGUUCAAUGUUGCAAGCAAUAGCCUCAAGUUUUUUAUAUGUUUACUUUAAAUGGAAACCAAUCUCUUUGUAUAAAAAUAGAAAAAUUAAAAAAAAAUGUUCUAGUAAAAAAGGGUCCAUGGAAGAAGUAGAAAAAAAAACUAUAUUAAUUUUACGAAGUGUUUUGUCACAGGUUAGAUUUCAGAAUAAAAACAACCUGUUUUUAAAAAUUGCAUUUUUUUCAGUGUAGGUGCUUACAGAAAUUUAAACAAAAUGCAAACUGUGAAGAAAUUUUUGUUGCUUUGUUGAUUAUAUUGUACUUUUUCGUUGUUACUACUGGAUCCCUUUCCUUCCUUUCCUUAACAGGAUAAAUGGGUUGAAUGCCCACUUUUUGAAAGAAAUAUAACGAAUGAUGUUAUCUCUGUAAAAAUGCUUGUGCUCUACACAAGUGUCUGAACUUUUUUGCACAUUUGAAAAAUAAAAACCAUGCCAUUUUAUGAUACAGAAAACAAGCAAACCAAAAGCAGACAUAACUAUGGGAUUGCGUGAAUUUUCAGGGCUGUAUGGCCAUGUUCCAGAAGCAUUUUCUCCUGAUGUUUCCCCCAUAUCUAUGGCAGGCAUCCUGACGUGUUUGGUGAAACGUCAGGAGAGAAUGCUUCUGGAACAUGGCCAUACAGCCUGGAAAACACAGUAACCCAAUGAUUCUGGCCAUGAAAGCCUUCAACAACAGACAUACUAAGUUUGUGGAAGCCUGUGAGCUCUAUUCUGUGCAAGAAUGGCUAAAGCAGAUGAUAUUGACCACAUUGUGUUGGCUUUAUUUUACGUGCACUAAUGGAGUGAACCAUGAAAAGUCCAUGCCAGCAGGAAGUUCUCCUGCACAUGCUCCCCAAUCUACCCAUACUGUUAAUAACUAGCUCCCAGUCAUUUCAUUGGAGGACAUGUCCAGAAUGAAUGUCCUCACAUAUGCUCCUGAACCUUCUUCAUUAGAUUCAGUUGUAUCUCGCACAGGAGACUUGCCCAUAUACAUUCCUUUAUCUGAUCUCAUUUAGCCUUAAAAUCCCAUUUCAUCAGAUGUUUACUUGAGUGAAAGGUUGAACAGUUGCAUGGAGUAUUUUCCAUGUGAAGGUACACCCACAUGGCUUCAAUUUUAGGGAGCAGGAAUAGGCCCCCAUAUGGUUUGUCUUACCUAUAGUCAGGGGUUUGGAAUCAAUGAAGAGGCAUGUCCACAAACCCAUCAUCAUUGGUCUUGUCAUUGCUUGCAGAAAGAAACACUAAAAAUUGCUUUUUAAACCAGUCAACUACUUAUUUCCUUGUCAAUAAUAGUGGCUAUAUGAGAAUCAUAAAAUGGUUGGUUCUUAACCUCAUAUGAAUUAGUAUUAUUCCUCUUUAGAUCCAUAUGAAUUAGUGUUAUCCCUCUUUGGAUCUCACCAAAGAUGGGCAAGUUGGCUGUUGGCACAAAGGUUUCCCUGCUGCCUUGAAAAUGUUAAUUUUUGUACCCCAAUUUCCAGGUCUAAAACCCCCUCCCCAUCCCAGCUGUGUUGGGGAUGGACGGACUCUGCAAUUCGUGGUACACAAAAGUAGCAUUUACAACUUCUGGGCUACAUGACUGUGUCAUCUCCAUGCUAGCCACAAAUCCUAAAGUUGUGUAAGGAACUUUCAUUUCCCUAAGGUCCCAUUUACACUGCCAUAUUGUCCAGUUUCUGAUGCCAGGCUUUGAUCUGGAUUAUAUGGCAAUGUAUAUCCAGCCCAAGAUGUUUCCUUUUUUGUUUCUACAGUGUAGAGGGAACUGCUGAUGGGGUGUGUCCUAGAUGUAUUUAGGUCCAGAGCAUUAAAAUAUUAUUGGAUGGCUAUGCCCUGACAAUACUAAUUGCCUUAAAGGGGCAGGGCACUGAUGAGGUUGGAUUGCUAAUAAUUAAGCAUUUUCUGCUACUUUUCUAACAUAUGCUACGUAACAUGGAGAUUUUGCUCACUGCUUACAACAGUUCAGUCCUUUUUCUUGUCGUUGUGCCAAUAUCUCAAAACUCAAGUUUUGGGUCCCCAUCCUAUCCAGCCUUCACCGUUUCCUUUUUUUUCUUGAAUGGAAUAUUUUGAAAUAAGAGGAGUAAGAGAGUGAAGAAGGAGUCGGUUUUGAUAGAAACAAAUGGCAGCCCCACUAUCAAAUAUAUAGAUAUAGUUUUUACAACAACUUGUUUUGUCAAGACUUUGUGAAACAGUAUUUGGGUUGACUUUUCUACCAAGAGACUUUACGUUCCGUAUUAUGGGAUAUGGAGAUCAAGGAAGAGGAAGGUUUGCAUUAUGUAAAAUUCUCAAUGCAUCUACUAUAAUUUUGUGAGGUUUAUUAAACAACUUUAAAGAUUGUAUAGUCUAUUUAUUGUAUGUAUGUACAUACAGUCUGAUACUUAAAAUUUCAAGUGGAUUCCAUAGAACCUGGCUCAGUCUUGUUUAGACUCUUGGAUAUCGUUUUAGCCUUGUGCACUGGAUUCUACCUCUGUAUAGGAGAAUUUUCCAUAUUCUUCAAUUAGUACUGAUUCUGUGAUUUAACUUGGUUAUGUUUCUUGCACUAAAAAUUAAAAAAGAGAAAUCUACUGUUAAA